AUAGAAGAAACAUUACACACUCCUCCAUCGCCGGAGUUUAGGUUUUAAAGUUUACGACGUUCUGCUAAAAUAAGCCAUGAGUUUACUCGACCAGUUGUGGGAUGACACCGUUGCCGGACCUCGGCCGGAAAACGGCCUCGGCAAGCUCCGAAAGUACCCCACCUUUAGCUUCCGAUCGAGCUCCGGCAAGGAAAUUCCAGAGGCAGAGGGUGUGAUGGUUAGAUCAUACGGUGAUGAUGCGGCGGCGGAGAGGAUUAGGGUUACGAGGAGCAUCACGAUAGUGAAACCUCAGGGGAAUCCGAACGGAUCGCCUCCGAUUUCGCCGGCUAGCUCCUCCCCUCCGGUUUCUCCUUUUGGCGACGUGAACAUGGUCGGUUAUGUUGAUCAGGAGGGAAAGAACCCUACCGGUUUCGUCGGAGGUCUACAUCGGAUGCGUACCAGAAAGCAAGUAGAGUUGGACCCAGGAGCCCUCCUCCUCCUCACGACGUGUGAGAUUUGAGAUAAUCCAGGUAUCGGAUAGCCAGAAAUGGCGGCGUUUCUGGGAACUCUGCCUGAUGUUCUUAGUCAAGAAUUAAAGUGAAUGUAAUGUUGUAGUUAUAUGCAGCUGUGUGUAAAUAGGUGUGUGUGUGUGUAACUCUUAUACAACGGAAACCUAAUCUCUGUGAGGCUGGUUAUGAGUUGUAAGCAUGUAGAGUUUGUAAUGCAUUUUGUUCUCUAUAUACAGAGAUUUUGAUA